GUGGCCGGUAGCCCCCGGCCCCAGCCCCAGCCCCAGCCCCGCUCCGAUACCGCCGUACAGGCUGUGGAGCUGCAGCGGAGGCGGCGGCGGAGGAGGCCCGGACGAAGCGGCUAGAGAGGCCGGGGAGGGCAACAGCGGCGCGAUGGGGACGGUAACCCCGGGCCGGAGAGAGGAGCGGAGGGUCCCGGUCGGUCCUAAACCGAAUCCAAUGCCUGGCUGCAGCCUCUGAGGGCGGAUACUGUCCGGCAUAACGUUAGAUUCCAUUGUCCCAACGUAACGUCUGCGAAAUCCCAGGCUGGAUUAAAGCCGUACCGAUCAACCCAGCGGUUUCAGGUUUAAAAAUGGUCUCUGAGGACUGGGUGAACAAAGUGUUAGCAGGGUUUUGUCAAUCACAGCCGAAAGAAGUAGUUAGCCGAUGUUCAUUCGAUAUAUCACCGCCGCCGUGCAUCCUCACUCUCUGGAUUAGACUGCGGGAUUGUCAGUCAAGUGAUGCCUUCAAGGACCCCUCGUACUCUACAUAUUCUAUGAUUCACAUUGCGACAGGGCUGCAUCACCAUGCGGGACUAUAAGAAGUGUGAGAGUCCUACAGGAAGGCACCAUCCGCUCCAAAUUCUCCUGCCCUACAGGUCUACUCCACUCAGCAGCCAUGAAAUUCUCCCUUAUUGCAGCCGUUGUUCUGCUGGCUCUGGCACAAGGAAGCUUUGCACAAGAUGUUUCCGAUCUUGAAAGUCUCGGUCGGUACUUUGAGGAGAUGAAGAACAAGAUGGUUCAGGACCUGACUGAGAUUAUACGCAACCAGGACCUGGCAAACCAGGCUCAGACCUUCAUUGAGGAGAAGCAAACCCAGCUGGAGCCCCUGGUCGCUCAGAUCCAGGAGCAGCUGAAGACUGUUGCCGCCAGCGUCGAGGAGCAGAUCAAGCCCCUGGUCGCCAACGUGCAGGCUCCGCUCCAGGUCGAUAACUUCAAGCAGCAAAUGGAGUCCAUCUUCCAGAAGCUGACAGAGCAGACCAAGACCAUCGGCAACUAAGAGAGAUGCAAAUGUACCACCACACCACCAUCUUGCAUCUGAUGGCUGGCCUGAAAGUGGAGGAAGAAGUACAACAGCCUAAGAUGUGUUUCAGGGAUUGUUGACAUUAUCAUCUCUGUCUCAAAGCACAAUUAAA